CUCUGCUCGGUGAUUUGGAAAGAAAUCCACGAUGUAUCCGAUUUCGGUAAUCUUGACCCUGGUUGGGAUGAUCACAGCCGGGGCAGCGAGAAUCGUUGUCGUGAAGAUAUAUUACCAGAUCGAACUCGAGGAGUCACGACCCGUCACGCCCCUCUUUGUCACCCUGUUGUAUUUGGUGGGACAGGCCCUGUCACUGCUGGUUCAUUUCGUCUGCGUCCGAUUCGAUUACAGCAAACGCGAGAGGAGCGACAACGGAAUCGGGUACGAUACGAUCGAAAUGGCUGCCAUGAAACUAGAUGACGACGACGACAACAACAACGAACCAUUUGUGGCCGCUGUCCCUCCGAAAGCAAUCGAGGACGAGGAGCAAGCCGAUCGGCCUGCCGGCACGGACGCCACGGAAGAGACCGACACCGAGUGCGGGAGCGGGGACGGAUCCGACGACGAAACCGAUGUACCAGGAGACGAGGAGGGGUCGGAGUGCGAGCGCGCCGAAACCGGAUCGGAUCCGAGGUGCGGCGGCUCUCCCCUGCACGCAGGGGGGCCGGUCCGUGUCGAUCCGGGAGACGGGCUGCUGUUGGAGGGCAACAGCGACGGACGGCGUGGGCACGGCAAGGAAAGGCCACCACCGCGCGGAAGGAUGAGGCGGCGUGGUUCGAAGACCGGCCUGACCUCCGAUUCGAGGGAGGCCGUCGCCUGGAUCCACCGCAUACCGUGGUACCUCAAGCCGGGGAUUCCCGGCUUCUUCAACCUCUGCAACAGCGCCCUGCGGUGGGCGUGCCUGGUGUACGUCGCGGCGUCGACGGCGGAGAUCCUCAUCUCGGGCCUCGAGCUGGUCCUGAGUUCGUUCGCCGCGCGGGUCCUGCGAAAGAGAAUCAUUUCCAGAAGGCGCUGGAUCGGGGUGUCCGUCGUCACGGCGGGGAUCGUGCUGGUGGGCUUUGCCAAGCUGGAGGAAACCAGGGACAGCGAUUCCGAGACGCACAACUUUCUGGUCGGGAAUCUGCUCAUUGUCGGCCAGUGCGUUUUUUCGGUCCUCCAGGACCUCUCCGAGGAAGUCUUUAUGCAGGAGGCCAACUUCCCGGCGACCCUGUUGCUGGGAAUGGAGGGUUUGUUCGGCCUCGUGUUUGGCCUGCCCAUCUAUGCAUUGUUCUUUGACGAGGAGAUCUCCUUUACGAGGUUCAACAUCGAGUACCAGAUCGGACUCGUCGUCCUGGUGUUGUUGACGGGGAUCCUGAACAUACGCACGACCGAGGCCACGUCCUCGAUGACUCGCAACGUGUGGAAGCAAUUCCGAAUCAUGCUGGUGUGGAUCCUCGGGCUUUUGGUAUACUACCUUGGGAGUGGGGGGAGACUCGGUGAAGCGUGGGUGUUCCCCGACUCUCUCUUUGUGCUCGGCGGUUUUGGUGUCAUUCUUACCGGGGUAUUCUUUUACUACUCGGGAUAAUACAGUAGCUACUAGUAAUACACGGCGUCGUAUGCA